UUUCCUUUCCAGCCUUGUUUGGGUCGGCCGGUGGAGAGACAGGUCUUCUGUGAAGGUUGGGCCGUGGAGGAGAAGGAGGAGGAGGUUACAGUUGUCCUGCUGCUGUUGCUGCUGGUCCUCCUUUCUCCUUUCCUUCCCCAGGGGGAUUGCAGGGGCAGCGGGAAAGUUCUUUGUGCCAAGAAUCUUGCAAAGAAAGAUUUCUUCAGGCUUCCUGACCCCUUUGCAAAGAUUGUGGUGGAUGGGUCUGGUCAGUGCCACUCCACUGACACUGUGAAGAACACCUUAGAUCCCAAAUGGAACCAGCAUUAUGAUUUAUACGUUGGAAAGUCAGAUUCUAUCACCAUCAGUGUCUGGAACCAUAAGAAAAUUCACAAAAAACAGGGAGCUGGCUUCCUGGGAUGUGUCCGACUUCUUUCUAAUGCCAUCAGCAGGCUAAAAGAUACAGGAUACCAGCGUUUGGAUCUAUGCAAACUAAAUCCCACAGACACUGAUGCAGUACGAGGCCAGAUAGUGGUCAGCCUACAGACACGAGACAGGAUAGGCACAGGAGGGUCUGUGGUGGACUGCAGGGGGCUAUUGGAGAAUGAAGGAACGGUUUAUGAAGACUCAGGACCUGGGAGGCCCCUGAGCUGCUACAUGGAAGAGCCAGCCCCAUAUACGGACAGCACAGGAGCUGCUGGUGGAGGGAACUGUAGAUUUGUGGAAUCCCCUGGCCAGGAUCAGACGUUGCAGGUCCAGCGAUUGCGGGGUCCUGAUGUAAGAAGCCAUGUCCAGACACCCCAAAAUAGGCCCCAUGGCCAUCAGUCACCAUCACCAGACCUGCCUGAAGGCUAUGAGCAAAGGACAACAGUACAGGGACAAGUUUACUUUUUGCAUACACAAACUGGGGUUAGCACCUGGCACGAUCCCAGGAUACCAAGAGACCUUAACAGUGUGAAUUGUGAUGAACUUGGACCUCUACCUCCAGGCUGGGAGGUUAGAAGUACAGUAUCAGGAAGAAUAUAUUUUGUAGAUCAUAAUAACAGGACCACACAGUUCACAGACCCAAGACUGCAUCACAUAAUGAACCACCAAUGCCAACUAAAAGAACCCAACCAGCCUUUGCAAGGACCAAAUGAGGGGUCGCUGGAAGACAGCGAGGAGUUGCCUGCUCAGAGAUACGAGCGUGACUUGGUGCAGAAGCUGAAGGUCCUCCGUCAUGAACUCUCCCUCCAGCAACCCCAAGCUGGUCACUGCCGCAUUGAAGUAUCGAGGGAAGAAAUAUUUGAGGAAUCUUACCGUCAGAUAAUGAAGAUGAGGCCAAAAGAUCUGAAGAAGAGACUGAUGGUGAAAUUUCGGGGAGAAGAAGGCUUAGAUUAUGGUGGAGUGGCAAGGGAAUGGCUGUACCUUCUGUGCCAUGAAAUGCUAAAUCCAUAUUAUGGGCUUUUCCAAUACUCAACUGAUAACAUUUACACGCUGCAAAUAAAUCCAGAUUCCUCCAUCAACCCUGAUCAUCUGUCUUACUUCCACUUUGUCGGUCGAAUAAUGGGGCUGGCGGUAUUCCAUGGGCACUACAUCAACGGGGGUUUCACAGUUCCUUUCUACAAACAGCUGUUGGGCAAACCCAUCCAGUUAUCUGACCUGGAAUCCGUUGAUCCAGAGCUACAUAAGAGCUUAGUUUGGAUUUUAGAGAAUGACAUCACUCCAGUUCUGGACCAUACUUUCUGCGUGGAACACAACGCUUUUGGCAGAAUUCUGCAACAUGAACUCAAACCGAAUGGGAGAAACGUUUCUGUUACGGAGGAGAACAAGAAAGAAUAUGUCAGGUUGUAUGUGAACUGGCGGUUCAUGAGAGGGAUUGAAGCCCAAUUCUUGGCCCUUCAGAAAGGUUUUAAUGAACUUAUUCCUCAACACCUGCUGAAGCCUUUUGACCAGAAGGAACUUGAGCUCAUAAUUGGUGGCCUAGAUAAGAUUGAUCUGAACGACUGGAAGUCCAACACGCGUCUGAAGCAUUGCAUGGCCGACAGCAAUAUCGUGAAGUGGUUCUGGCAAGCGGUGGAGGCCUUUGAUGAGGAAAGGAGAGCACGGCUGCUCCAGUUUGUGACAGGCUCCACGCGGGUUCCACUUCAGGGUUUCAAGGCUUUGCAAGGCGCGGCAGGACCCAGGCUGUUCACUAUUCAUUUGAUAGAUGCAAAUACAGACAACCUUCCGAAAGCUCAUACUUGCUUUAACCGAAUCGACAUUCCGCCUUACGAGUCCUACGAGAAGCUUUACGAGAAGCUCCUGACGGCUGUGGAAGAGACGUGUGGGUUUGCGGUGGAGUGACCAGGCUACCAAAGGAAACAGAUACUAGCUCAUGGACCACCAAAUCACAGAAGCUUGCUGUGAACUUCUUUUUGUCCAAAGUGUUGGGAUGCUUCACAACUAGGGGUGCGAAGGCUGUUUCCCUUCCUUUGACGGCAUUGGGGAAGGGCGGGAGACUUUUUUUUGGAGGUUCCCAAACUACUUUCUCCCUUUUGUUACGAUAAUCCUCCCCUCCCUUUCUUCAUUUCCCAGAAAAAUACACACACACACACACACACACACAAAACAGGCAGCCAGGUUCAGCAUUUGGUUUUGGUUACCCGAGAUAUUCUGCUAGAUUUGUAACACAUAUUGUGAUAAGGUCAAUGACCUGUGGUCUUUUUUAUAGGAGAAUCAAACUGUAGUUGAGUAUCUUGCCAUUCGUUCGCCGAGGACUUUGGUUGGUAGGUGUACGUGGAUGUUUGUCUUUGACGCAGCCCUGACCCCCCGUAGAGUCCGCAAGCUAUAGGAAAAAGAGACUGGCCCUGGAAUUCCAAAUAGCACAUUUCAGGAGACCCGUUCAGGAAUGACUAGCAGAGCACAGCUCCGUAUGCGUAGGCCGCUGAGGAUUAUUCCUUGACAGGAAGCUUUUUAUGUGAAUGAGGUGACUUGGCUCUUAAGAGGAAAAAUUAAGGAGAAUCAAGCCAUCUUGAACGACGCUAGCUUCUUUUUUUUUGGGGGGGGGUAUGCUUUGCACAGAGGAUAGAUUGGUUCUGUGGAAUAAUUUUUCUUUUUUGCGAUUCCUGGUGUAUGUUAAGAGAAACAGGGCACGGCUCAGAUUCUCAAGAGAAUCCACCUCCCCGCCCCCCGCCCCCAAAUUUCUUCUCGCUGUUUUCUUAAAUGCUUUCAUUGUGAUGUGAAAUGGCAGAAAUUCUUUCCAGAGGAAAUAGCUAAUAGCAAGAUAACAGAAUCCAAUUCCGUUUCUGAGCCAUCUGGAAUGCGGAAUGGCUCUCGUGAAAGUUCUAACUCAGGCCUUAGCCUAUAGAGACCGAGUAACCCAAACAACUGUUUCCAGCUUCUCUUUUUUCCCCAGUCCCCGACACAUCUCAGCCCAGUUUUCACGGUGGAUAUAAUGUGUUUUCCCUCCAUGCGACUUCCAGGGGGAGAAGAAUCAAAGUGGUCCGAUUCCCCUGUCAAACACUUCUUUUUAAUUUGCACAAGCAAGAAGGCCGUAAUUGUAACAACAUAACAUUUUUUGGGGUCAAAAAUUCCUCUAAUCAUCAAGUGUAACUUUGACACUUUGUGAGAGUUUUCCUUCCUCCUUUACAAACAAAGAAGCAUAUUAACAGGUGUCGAACUUCAUACGUGGGUCAUAUUGGUGUGGGCUUGGUUUUUGUUUGUUUUGAUCUGUCUACAAGGAUAUUUUUAUUGUCACUUAUAAAAUAAAUUGACAUUGAUAAUAGCUUUAAACUGUGAUAGGACAAACCAAAAUUAGAUACUUGUCCGAAUCCCAAAAUCGUUUUCUCCUGUUUAUUCAGUUGACUGUAACUCUUGUAAUUUUGGUGGUGGAAAACGAAGUAUUCCAUUGGAGAAAGGAAAUCUACUUUUGUGAUAUUUGCACCAUGUGGCAAAAGAUUGGGUUUUGUGGUUGACUUAACAACUGACUUGCAACGUCCUUCGGGGACCCAUUUGCACUUAAGAGACCAUUUAAAUGCAUUGUGGAUAAUUUGAGAGGGGAUUACAUCAAGGGAAUCUGAGGGUUUUUCAAAUCUUUAAAUACCUUAACAGACUUCUGGACAGUAGAAAUCAACCAUCCCUGAUUUUCCAAGGGCUUUUGAAGAUUAUAUGCUUUCUGUGGGUCAUGAUUUAUCCUAUUAGUGGAAUUCAAGCAUCCAGAGAGUCAUAAAGAUGUUUAAUUCCUCUUCCCACUAAAAUUGUUUCCACAGUCUGUUUCCCAGAUAUUGAAAGGUAUAAAUGGUGAGAAAUUCUCAAGCCAAAUGGUUAAACAGGCUGGCCAUAUCAGCAAAAAUAUUACCGUGGUCACCGUAGGCCAAUUCUUGCAUCCUUCUUGUCACAUAGUUGUGCAUCAGUCAUGUCCAAAACCGAGGACUUGUGAACGAGUCAAGGAACUUGAAAUGCAAAAGGCAGGCUGUCGCAGUCCCCAAAUAGCAUGAAAGUUAGCCCUAGGGGGAUGAUCCGAUGGCACGGUGCAAAAUGGGUCUUCUGUAGUGCAGAGGAUGGGAAAAAAUACCUCUUAACAAUGUUACUCACCUGCUCUGGUUUUCUUCUCCUAAAGGUUCAUCAACCUAGAGUUCAAGAAACUGCUGCUGUUCUGUCCAGUAAGAAUUUGAGGCAGGAUCAGCUGGGGCUGGGAGGGAAAAGCAAAGUAAACUAAGGAGGUAUGUCUUGUUUCUGAGGAGAAGCCUGGAGGACCUUUGGCUUCUGCCCCAGCUGAGCCCUCCCCAUUGCCUUCCCCAUCAGAGACUCUAUAAAAGAUGAACUGGAAGGAGCGAUUUUCUUAGCAUCAGAUGGGCGUAAGGAUCACCUCAGCUGAAAGCUUCAGGGCAGGUAAACUAUUAAGGCAAAGUAUACAAGCAUAGCUGCCCUGGUAUUGCUCUUGAUCAAUGUCCUCAACCUUGGCAACGUUAAGAUGUGUGGACUUCAACUCCCAGGA